UCAAUAAAGUAUCUAUCUAUCUAUCUAUCUAAGUGGAGGAUUUGACUGUUGAUUCACAUAGACUUAUACAUAGUUUUCUUAAAGGCGCUCAAUGCCUUCAGCCCCUUGCAUUCCCCAGGGGGAUCCUGCAGUUUGGACUGUGUCAUGCUCCCAUCGAGCCCUUGACUGAAGCGGAGUGGUUCACAAACCAAAUAGCCUAUAUUAAAUAGCCUAUAUUUAUUUAGGUCUUAAAUUGGCAGAUGCACCAGUGCGGUGCAUUUUGUGUGGACCACUUGCUUGAAUUGUGUCUUCUAUUUGAGGGGAAGUGAACUUUUUUUCAUGUGAAGUUGCAGCCUGUAUAGGCUAGUCCUAAAAAGUGUAGGCUAUACCCUACCCAGCGGGCACCUUGAUGUCAAUUUGAUGUCAAGAAUUAGUCAAGGCUUUGACCAACAUGUUGAGCAUAAUUUCAUACUAUUUUAGCUUUACAAGCUGGCUUGCUUGUGAUUGUAAAGAGGUUCAACAGGGACAUGUAGUCACUAUAAAACUUGGGUCAAUAUGAUUAAUGUUAAAUCAGUCAAAUUGAUCUGAAAUUGACGUCACACCAUAUGAGAACCAUAAUAAUCAUAAUAGUAGUAAUAAUAGCCCACUAGGCUAAUGUUACUAUUGUUUGGACACUUCUAUCAAUCAGUUUAGUAGCCAUUUCAAUGUAACAGUCUAAAAUGGCAACAAGUUAAUAAUUUUCACAUAGGCUACGAUUGUGUUUAACGCUCUUGAUAAGCGCAUGCGCACACACAGCAAUUCCCAUCCCCCACCCCUGACUGACAUUUCAACUCCAGCCACCAGUGACUUCAACUGUCACUUUUCUGUCAUGCAGCUGACUACAUGUGUAAGCUGUUCAAACUCUGCCUGUCCUUAUCAUUCAAGACUGUGUGUUAUGAGGACUGCUUCCCUGAGAAUGCUGAGUGCAUUCUGGAAUAUUCCAAAUGUGUGCCACUUCCAUACGGACGCCCGCAAGAGAGUUCACUCAUCAGGUCAAAGUUGGUCUGUCCUGAUGGCACUACCUGCUGCUUGAUGAUGUCUAGUAGCCAUCGCUGCUGCCUUCAACGCAGUAGUCCUCACAAAUAAACUGAUAUCAAGAAUUAACAUAGAUGGUGAUGGUGGCAAGUGUGCCUUCAGAAGGUGCCACCCAGCAGUCCCAGCCUGCUUUUGCAAGUCCGAUGGGGGAUGAUCUAUGUUAAGGUCGUGUAAGCAAGAAGGCAAGUGCUGCUGCAGGCAAUGUUGCGAUAAGCCUGCAACAGAUAUAGCCGGCCUUCUAAAAUCCAAGAAUGAGGAAUGCCUGAAACAAGGAACAACUCGGCAGUGUGUGAUUCUGGUAGACUAUGGGUCCAGCUGGAGGGACCACAGGCGCUUUGCACUGAUGACCCUGAGGAACUUUGGUUUGGGGAAGCAGUCAAUGGAAGAAAGAAUCUACGGAGAGCUUUCUUAUGUUAUUGCAGAAUUGGACCAAAGUGUUGGAAAAUCCAUGAGCCCGCAGACUAUGUUCCACAAUGCUGCCUCCAAUAUAAUUUGCACUGUUCUCUUUGGAGCACGUUAUGAGUAUAAUGACGAGGCCCUAAAGAUUUUUAUCAAGCUCUACACUGAGAAUGCAAAGAUUACCAAUGGACCUUGGGCCAUGGUUUAUGACACUUUUCCUAUGGUAAGGAGCUGGCCCCUGCCUUUCCAAAGGGCUUUUGAGAAUGCUGCAAUAGCACAGAAAAUGAGCAUGGAUUUAAUCAAUCACCAUAAGAAGACCAGGAUCCCAGGGCAGCCACGGGAUUUCAUUGACUGUUACCUGGAUGAGAUGGAUAAGAGAGGAGAAGAUGGGUCCACAUUUGUAGAGCCACAGCUUAUGAUGUAUAUCCUGGACCUACAUUUUGCUGGAACAGACACCACUUCCAACACUCUUCUCACUGCUUUCCUUUAUCUGUCCACUCAUCCAGAUAUUCAGGAGAAAUGUUAUCAAGAGAUUGAGGAGGUUCUGGAGGACAAAGACCAGGCCUGCUUUGAAGACAGACACAGAAUGCCUUACACUCAAGCUGUUGUCCAUGAAUCACAGCGUAUCGCCAACACUGUGCCUCUCAGCGUGUUCCACUGCACAACUAAAGACACAGAGCUGUUGGGGUAUCAUAUCCCUAAGGGCACUUUGAUCGUUCCUAACCUGGGGUCUGCCAUGCGUGAGGAGGGACAAUGGAAGUUUCCUCAUGAGUUCAAUCCUUCCAACUUCCUAAACGAACAGGGAGAGUUUGAGAAGCCUGAGGCCUUCAUGCCCUUCUCUGUUGGUCCCCGUGUCUGUCUUGGUGAGGGUUUGGCCCGUAUGGAACUCUUCUUGAUCAUGGUCACUCUAUUGCGUCGCUUCAAGUUUGCCUGGCCUGAGGAUGCCGGAGAUCCAGACUUCACUCCCGUUUUUGGUGUGACCUUGACACCCAAACCUUACAGCAUGACUGUGACUCUGAGGAGGACAGAAUAGGCUUGUAGAACCACAAUAAAAACAAUAGAAA